AUGGCCGACAGCGCGGGGAUUCAGCAGGGCUCGCCGGCCAUCGGCGCCGUAGGCUCGGCUCCGGCCGCUCCGGGCCCCGGGGGCGCGGAGGGCUCCGGCGCCGCUGGAGGCUCCGCGCGAAUCUGCGUAAAAAAGGCGCAGCUCCGCUGUUCGCCUCUGCCCAAGAAGCUGGAGAAGCUCGGCGUGUAUUCUUCAUGCAAGGCGGAGGGUGCUUGCAAGUGCAACGGCUGGAAGAGUCAGAAUCCUCCGCCGACUCCUCCCCGCAGUGAGCAGCAACAACCCGUCAUCGUCAACUUGCAGGAGCCCUGCCGCAGCUGCUCGCACACUUUGGGAGAUCACGUGACUCACCUGGAGCACGUCCCCGAGGACGAGAUCAACAGACUGCUGGGCAUCGUGCUAGACGUGGAGUACUUGUACACGUGCGUGCACAAGGAGGAGGAUGCUGACACCAAGCAGGUCUACUUCUCACUCUUCAAACUACUGAGGAAAUCCAUCCUCCAGAUGGGCAAGCCCACACUAGAAGCACAGGAGAGUCCACCCUUUGAGAGACCCAGCAUUGAGCAGGGUGUCAACAACUUUGUCCAGUACAAAUUUAGCCACCUACCGUCCAAAGAACAUCAGACUAUUGUAGAGCUGGCCAAGAUGUUUCUGAACCAGAUCAACUACUGGCAGCUGGAGACGCCAUCACAACGGCGCCAGAGGCUCCCUAACGACGACACUGCCGGAUACAAAGCCAACUACACUAGGUGGCUGUGCUUCUGCAACGUGCCUCAGUUUUGCGACAGCCUACCGCGCUAUGAGACCACGCAGAUCUUCGGCCGUACGCUGCUACGCUCGGUCUUCACCGUCAUGCGCAAGCAGCUGCUAGAGCAGGCCAGGCAGGAAAAGGACAAGCUGCCGCCUGAGAAGAGGACGCUCAUUCUCACGCACUUUCCCAAGUUCUUGUCAAUGCUGGAGGAGGAAGUCUACAGCCAUAGCUCCCCCAUCUGGACCCACGAGUUCUUGGCAGGGGUUCCUGCAGGUCAAAUUCCCGUCCAUACAGUGGUUAGUGCACCCCCAGUGGCCAGACCCUUGUACUACAGUAUCAGUCCAGCAUCGUCCGUGGACCUCUCGAGCGUUGCCGUCAGUCCGGCCAAGAAAACGUCUACGGUGCUUGAGCCGUGUCCCGGUACGGUAUCAAAAAAGCGCAAGCCAGUGGAGCCCCUAUCUCAAGAGGAAAACAAGAGACCCAGGGUGGUGGGCGAUAUUCCCAUGGAGCUCAUCAAUGAGGUGAUGGCCACCAUCGCCGACCCCACUGCCAUCCCGGAGACCAGCCUGCUGUCAGCCCACUCAGCCCGGGACGAGGCAGCUCGCCUAGAGGAGCGCAGAGGCGUGAUCGAGUUCCACGUCAUUGGCAACUCUUUGAACCAGAAGCCCAACAAGAGGAUCCUCAUGUGGCUGGUGGGCCUCCAGAACGUCUUCUCGCACCAGCUGCCUCGCAUGCCCAAGGAGUACAUAACGCGUCUCGUCUUUGACCCGAAGCACAAGACACUUUCGCUGAUCAAGGACGGCCGCGUGAUCGGGGGGAUUUGCUUCCGCAUGUUUCCUUCGCAAGGGUUCACUGAAAUAGUCUUCUGUGCGGUCACGUCCAAUGAGCAAGUCAAGGGGUACGGCACCCACUUGAUGAAUCACCUGAAGGAGUAUCACAUCAAGCACCACAUCCUGAACUUCCUCACCUACGCUGACGAGUACGCUAUCGGAUACUUUAAGAAGCAGGGUUUCUCCAAGGACAUCAAGGUCCCCAAGGCCAAGUACGUGGGCUACAUCAAAGACUAUGAAGGAGCAACGCUCAUGGGCUGUGAACUCAACCCCAGCAUUCCCUAUACAGAGUUCUCGGUGAUUAUCAAGAAGCAAAAAGAGAUUAUCAAGAAGCUGAUUGAACGGAAGCAGGUGCAGAUUCGCAAAGUCUACCCGGGCCUCUCGUGCUUCAAGGACGGCGUGCGGCAGAUUCCCAUAGAGAGCAUCCCUGGCAUCCGUGAAACCGGAUGGAAGCCGCUGGGCAAAGGGAAAGAGGUGAAGGACCCCGAGCAGCUGUAUGGCGCGCUUAAGAACAUCCUGCAGCACGUCAAGAGUCACCAAAACGCUUGGCCCUUCAUGGAACCUGUGAAGAAGACUGACGCGCCCGGCUACUAUCAAGUCAUACGCUUCCCCAUGGACUUGAAGACGAUGAGCGAACGGCUGAAGAGCCGCUACUACACCACUCGCAAGCUUUUCAUGGCCGACAUGCAGCGAGUCUUCACCAACUGCCGCGAGUACAACCCGCCCGAGAGCGAGUACUACAAGUGCGCCAACCUACUCGAGAAGUUCUUCUACACUAAGAUCAAAGAGGCCGGGCUCAUCGACAAGUAG